AUGGAAGCAGAAAACCACAUAGAACUAUCAGAAUUCCUCCUCCUGGGCCUUUCAGAUAAUCCAGAACUCCAACCGAUGCUAUUUGGACUGUUCCUGUCCAUGUACCUGGUCACGGUCCUCGGGAACCUGCUCAUCAUCUUGGCCAUUACCUCUGACUCCCACCUCCACACCCCCAUGUACUUCUUCCUCUCCAACCUGUCCUUUGUUGACAUCUGUUUAAUCUCCACCACGGUCCCAAACAUGCUGGUGAACAUCCAGGUACACAGCAAAGACAUCUCCUACAUAGGGUGCCUCAUUCAGAUGUAUUUUUUUAUGUUCUUUGCUGGACUGGAUAACUUCUUACUGACUGUGAUGGCCUAUGACCGCUUUGUGGCCAUUUGCCAUCCACUGCAUUACAUGGUCAUCAUGAACCCCUGCUUCUGUGUCCUCUUGGUCCUGAUGUCUUGGUUCAUCAUUUUCUGGGCCUCUAUACUUCAAAUUCUACUGAUGAAGAGGCUGACAUUCUCUAUACGCACUGAAAUUCCACAUUUCUUCUGUGACCUGGCUCAGCUUCUCCAGAUGGCCACCUCAGAUACCCUCAUUAAUAACAUCAUCUUGUAUGUUGCAGCUGCGCUGCUAUGUGUGUUUCCUCUCACUGGGAUCCUCUUCUCUUACUAUCAGAUUGUCUCUUCCUUAAUGCAAAUGUCCUCCACUGCAGGCAAGUAUAAAGCAUUUUCCACCUGUGGCUCUCACCUCUCUGUGGUCUCCUUGUUUUAUGGAACAUCACUUGGGGUCUACCUCAGUUCUGCUGUCACCCAUUCUUCCCACAGAAGCUUGGUUGCCUCUGUGAUGUACACUGUGGUCACCCCCAUGCUGAACCCCUUCAUCUACAGCCUGAGGAACAAGGAAGUGAAGGGGGCCCUGGGAAGACUCCUCAGCAGAGCAGACUCUUGUCCAUGA